AUGGUUCAACCAACGGAACCCAGUUCUGAAAACCUUACAGAGCGGCAGAAGAUGCUCCGGGGAGAGCUAUACACAGCAUUCACAGCCGAUCUGAUAGCGGAGCGGGAGAGAAGCAAAGCUGCCUGUGAUAGAUUCAAUAACGCGGUCUGUGAUAAACGUCCUAUGCCACCACACGCUGCCACCCAAGAGGAAGAUGAUGCCCUCUUUGAGGAUGAUCCCUGGGUAGAAGCCCCCAUACGAACUGAUUAUGGCUGCAACUUUAAGGUCGGAGAGGGUGCAUUUAUCAAUUUUAACUGUAUUGCACUGGAUACUUGUCUGAUCACCAUUGGUGCCAGGACAUUGUUUGGACCUAAUGUGAAUUUAUAUGCCGGUAGUCACCCAUUAGAUCCUGCUGUUAGACGAGGGACGAAGGGACCGGAGUUCGGUAAAGAGAUUCAUAUCGGCGAGGAUUGCUGGAUAGGUGGAAACGUUACUGUCCUGCCAGGUGUUACCAUUGGCAAUGGUGCUACUGUCGGCGCUGGGAGCGUGGUGACCAAGGAUAUCCCGGCCUUUCACGUCGCGGCAGGAAAUCCAGCCAGAGUUAUCCGCCGUAUAGAGACUGACAUGGAUCCGUCACAAAAGAAAGGAUAA